CAGUGUCCGCUAGCCCACCAUGAGAUUAAACACGUUCAUUCUUACACUUUGCGUGUGCGCAUUACACGUACACGCAGCAUCCAUCUCGUCAGAAAAAAAACUCGACGAUCUCGACAAUGUUGACCUCGACAAUGUCGCUUUAGAGCCUGAAUUAAUAGACCAAGUCACGGUUAAGGAUGUUGAUAAUAAUCUCCGGAAAACCAUCGUCGAUAUACCCGUUAAAAUCGUGGAAGAACCAAUAGUGUUAGAUGAAAACUCCAACGAUUAUGUACCCAAAGACGAUGAGAGUAUAAUCAUUAAAAGGAUUGAUAUCGACUUAGCCAAUCCUGGACCACCGCAACGGCAGGAGCAUGAAACUCAAAAUCCUGAAAAUUAUGGAGAAAAAGAAAAAGCUAUUUUUGGUAUUAAAAAAUCAAUUGAAGACACAGAGAAAAUUUUCAACCAAGGCAUUAAGGAGCUAUCUCAAAACUUCAAAAACCUGUUUGGAAACAAUGAAGAUCUUCCAGCCAUCAAAAAUAAUUUACAAAACUUAAGGCACACUUUUACGGAUCAGAUUGUGAAACUAAAUGAAACAAUUAUAAAAAAUCUAAAGCCUGAUUCUAGUCAAACUAUCAAGGAAUCUGAGAAAAAACUUAAAAUUGUUGAAACACAGUUACAAAACUUACAAAAAAAAUUUGAAGUUGGCGUUGAUACUUUAACUGAAGGCGUCGAAGUUCUUACUAUAAUUAGAGAGGAAGAUGAAACUGCAAAAACGAAAUCCAUAAUAAGCGAAGAACGUGAAGUUGCUAAACAAGAUACUCCAACUAAUGCUAAUUCCGAAACACAACAAGGUGCUUCUUCUUCAACCCAAGCGCCAACUGUCUCGAGCACUAAUGCUCCAGCAUCUACAAAUCCUGUUAUGGUUUGGUUGAAUAACUUUCAAAAUGACGUAACAACUGCUUUUUCUAACUUUCAAACAACAAUUCAAAACAAUUGGAUAGGAAAUCCAUUUUUUCAAGGUAAUCAAGGAACCAAUCCUACUGUUCAAAACCCUCCAGCACAAGGUCAAAAUACAGUACCUGCAGGAGCCCAAUCUGAUACUGCUGUAACCCAAGCAACACCUGCUCCAUGGGGGCCACAAGCUAUUAUCCAACAAAUUCAAAAUCUAAUAAAUCCUGGACAAAAUUCACAACAGGCAGCACAAGGUCAGCAAACCACAGCACCCGCUUCUAAUAAUGGGCCAUUCGCAAAUACUAUUCAAAGCAUAGUACAAUUUAUACAAAGACCAAACCAGGCCCAGACACAACCACCAGCUAAUCCAACACCUGCAUCAGCAGGAAGCACAAAUCCUUCCUCGACAAAUUCUGAUAAAACAGAUGCUAGUCAAGCAGAUGCAAUCCCAGUACCAAAUCAGCAAGCACAACCGGUACCUCAAUCGGCUCCAGCUCAACAACCGCUAGGACAAAAUGGCCCGAUCCAACAACUUGUGCAAAAUAACCCAAUCAUCAAGGGUAUACAAAGUGCUGUACAAAGAUUGCAGGGAACACCGAAUCCUGAGACACCGAGAAACGAAAUCAUUGAAAAUAAUAGUGAAGAAAAAGUAGAGCUCAAGGGACGGCCUGGCGUCAACACAAGCAAUCAAGGCGAUAUUGACAUCAGUGGGGUAGUGAAACACAUUGAAGCACAAAAGGAAGAAAACGUUAUUCCUAAGGAUACUCAAGAAAACUUAGAUGGACCGAUUAAGGCGGAUAAAGUAGAAAUCCCAUCGCUUUCUGAUAAGACUGAAUAAGUCGUAGUGUGAUACAGUAGUUA